AUGGCGCCCACCCAGCCCACCGCCAAUGCCCCUCUCGGCGAGCGGUUGAUGCACUUGGCCCAGACACUCCAAUUCGCAUGGUUCGUCGGACAUGUGACUCUCCUGUUGACCACCAUGCGCUACGGCCUCAGCUAUAUCACCAUGAACUCCGCCAGCCGCUGGGCCCGCUUCAGCUACCGCACCGCCUUUGUCGCGGCUGCUGUGACUUACGGUAUCGUGGUAUUCAAGGGCUUCCGCGCGCGUCAGAAGGCUGGAAAGGCGCAGGGUAGCCCGUUGGCUAUUGCUGGGGACGAGAAUGUGCAGUACUUGGCCAUGGCCCUCGUCUGGCUCAUCUCCCGCCAAUACCCCCUCGCCCUCCUCCCUUUCACCGUCUACAGCAUCUUCCACAUCCUCACCUACACCCGUGGCAUUCUCCUCCCCACCAUCCAGCCACCCCCACCAACCCCCGCCGGCCAGAAGCCCAAAGCCUCCGCCCUCAGCGACACCCUCGGCCGCUUCGUCAAAGACUACUACGACGCCAGCAUGAGCAUCGUCGCCGGCCUCGAAAUCGCCCUCUGGUUCCGCAUCCUCGUCUCCGCCAUCAUGUUCGCCAAGGGCAGCUGGAUCCUGCUCGUCAUCUACACCGUCUUCCUGCGUGCGCGCAUGUCCCAGAGCACGUUUGUGCAGGGAAUGCUGAAGCAGAUGGGUGCGCGCGGUGAUGCGGUUGCGAACCGUCAGGAUGUCCCACCUGCGGCGAGGAAUGUGUGGGAGCAGGUUAAAGGUGCCGCGGUGAUGGCGCAUGAGAAGACGGACGUCAAUAAGUACGUGCAGGGGCAGCAGGCGGCGCCGCAGAAGAAGGCGUCGUAA